UCUUCCUUUGUUCAGUCUAUGUUCCUAUGUGCACCGAGAAGAUUAACAUCCCUAUUGGGCCCUGCGGUGGUAUGUGCCUCUCUGUCAAAAGGAGAUGUGAACCUGUUUUAAAAGAAUUUGGAUUUGCCUGGCCAGACAGCCUGAACUGCAGCAAAUUCCCACCCCAGAAUGAUCACAACCACAUGUGCAUGGAGGGCCCAGGGGACGAAGAGGUUCCCCUUCAUAGCAAGACGUCCUUGCAGCCUGGAGAAGAAUGCCACAGCAUGGGAUCUAAUUCAGAUCAGUACAUCUGGGUCAAAAGAAGCUUGAACUGUGUCCUGAAGUGUGGCUACGAUGCUGGGCUCUACAGCAGGUCGGCUAAGGAAUUCACAGAUAUCUGGAUGGCCGUGUGGGCUAGUCUUUGCUUCAUAUCAACAGCAUUCACAGUCCUGACCUUCCUGAUUGAUUCAUCCAGAUUUUCCUACCCGGAGCGCCCAAUCAUAUUUUUGAGCAUGUGCUACAAUAUUUAUAGCAUUGCUUAUAUUGUGAGGCUAACUGUGGGCCGGGAAAGGAUAUCCUGUGAUUUUGAAGAGGCAGCAGAACCUGUUCUUAUCCAAGAAGGUCUUAAGAACACAGGAUGUGCUAUAAUUUUCUUGCUGAUGUAUUUUUUUGGGAUGGCUAGCUCCAUCUGGUGGGUUAUUCUCACAUUGACGUGGUUUCUGGCAGCAGGACUCAAGUGGGGCCACGAAGCUAUAGAAAUGCACAGCUCCUAUUUCCAUAUUGCAGCCUGGGCCAUCCCUGCAGUGAAGACCAUAGUCAUUUUGAUUAUGAGACUAGUAGAUGCAGAUGAGCUCACUGGACUGUGUUACGUUGGCAACCAGAACCUAGAUGCGCUCACGGGCUUUGUUGUUGCACCACUUUUUACCUACCUGGUUAUUGGAACUUUAUUCAUUGCAGCCGGAUUAGUGGCCUUAUUUAAAAUCCGGUCCAACCUUCAGAAAGAUGGAACUAAAACUGACAAAUUGGAAAGGCUGAUGGUCAAAAUUGGUGUAUUUUCAGUGUUGUACACCGUCCCAGCGACGUGUGUCAUUGCGUGUUAUUUUUACGAAAUCUCCAACUGGGCCGUUUUCCGCUAUUCAGCAGACGAUUCCAAUAUGGCUGUGGAAAUGCUCAAGAUCUUCAUGUCCCUCCUGGUGGGAAUUACAUCAGGUAUGUGGAUUUGGUCAGCCAAAACUCUGCACACGUGGCAGAAGUGCUCGAACAGACUGGUGAACUCAGGGAAAGUGAAACGAGAGAAGAGAGCAGAUGGUUGGGUGAAACCCGGGAAAGGGAACGAGACUGUGGUAUGAGAGUACGACGGCACCCCAAUGCUCUCCGACUGUUCUCACGUGAAGGACUGGUGGUGUAUAAGCACUGCAGUGGAAGCGUUGUUGAGUGUAGAGUAGGGAGACGGACAUCAAACCUGUCUCUGAGGGGAGGGAAAAAAAGCCUUAAAGAAUAAGCAACAAAAAGAUCAUGCUGCAAAUACAAUAGCCAUAAACCAUGCUGCCCAAAAUAGGAAAGCCCAAGGAGGCUUUAAAAGCUGUGAAAAAACCAAACACUUUUUUUUUUUUUUUUUCUGAAGCAGGAUGCAAUAUACUUGUCUUUAGAAGCUGUGGGACUGUAGCUGUCCUAGUGAUAUGGGAUGGUGUUUUCUUUCAAUCGUCUUACAGCUGAUGGUGGAAAGGCAGGCUGGGGCCAAAUUCUGGGCUGGUUUAGGGUCCAGUUAUCAGAAGGUGGAGUUUCCAGG